AGGUGUUUAUAUGGAGAAGAUGAGUGUGUGGUUGCUGCUGGUGUGUCUGCUGUCUCAGACACCACAUUCCUUCAGCAAAGAAUGGUCUCGAGAAUUGAUAAAGGACGUGGAAUUUGCCGAAGAGAACGUACAUCAGAUUUUCUCUCCGGACGCCUACCACUGUCAGUUGGCCUGCACUCAGCACCACUCCUGUCUCUUUUUCUCCUUUAUAGAACGGAACAGGACCACGGAUUCCAGGAAGUUCCACUGCUACCUAAAGCAAUCUAAGUUUGGAGUGCCCACUAAAGUGACUGAGAAGAAAGGAGUGACCUCUGGCUUCUCCCUUAGCCAACUUGAAAGAACACCAGAUAUCUGCUUGUCAUCACUCUACUUUUGGGUGGAUUUCACUGGGGCAGACUUCAGCUCCUUGUUCACCCAAGAUUAUAAGGAGUGCCAAAGAGUUUGCACCAAUGACCCCUAUUGUCAGUUCUUCUCCUUCUUGACAGAACAGUUUUCAAAACCUGAAAUGAGAAACAAGUGCUUUUUGAAAUACAGCUGGAAUGUCCCAAUACUACCAAAAAUUGAAAUUUCAUCAGAAGUUACAUCGAGAUUUUCCUCUAGAUAUGCAAAUAAGACUGGGGCAUUUGAUGAUGAUGCUUGGAACUCAGAUCUAGGAAUCCUGGAACACACAGAUUUCCCUGGGAAUGACUUUGAACAGGUUCCUGCCGUCUCAAAGGAGCACUGCAUGUUUCUAUGCUCUUCACAUCCCCGUUGCACUUAUUUCUCCUAUGCAACCUCUAAGUACGAGACAAGUGACGCAUGGUACUAUAUGCGUUGCUUCCUCAAGCAUAACGUAGACGAAAGGCCGUGUGUCCCUAAAAAGGAGCUGUUUUCUGGGAUGCCAAGACGCCUUUUCAAGCCCACUGAUAAACCCCAGCCAAGCAGUUGGGUGACAGAGGAAUGGAGCUACAAUAUUCCGGGGGCUGAUUCCAAAAUCAUACCCGAUGUGUCGGACGAACGGUGCAAAAGGCUUUGCACUGAAGACUCAGAUUGUCAGUUCUUCUCUUACUACGGAUACCCCAGGGAUACCUGCUUCCUAAAGCAGGUCAUCACAUUACCACUGCCCCCCAAGGUGGUUCUAAUGGAUGCUGUGGUGUCUGGAUUCUCACUGAAAGGCUGUGACACACCUAAACCUACUGAGUCCACAUAGACACUGUGUAACAAUUGUUCUCUACUCUAACAAAACACAAAUAAACCUAUCGGCUACACCGUU